CUCUCUCUCUCUCUCUCUCUCUCUCUCUUCCCUCGUCUAUCUGAUUACGCCCAAUUGAAUCCUUUUCAACUCGGGAGGUCGUAAAUUCCAAAAGAUUCAAUUACUGCGGCGACAUCUGGUAUCAGCUGAAUUCGGAGCUCCGACCGGAUCUUCUUGAUUUCUGGUGGUUUUUUCCUGUGGCCGGAGGAAAUGGCUCAGGCGGCGGCGGCGAUGGGCGGUCGGGUUGUCGGGGACUACGAGGUGGGCCGGCAAAUCGGGUCGGGUUCGUUCUCGGUUGUUUGGCAUGCGAGGCAUCGUGUCCAUGGCACCGAAGUCGCCAUCAAGGAGAUCGCCAUGGGACGGUUGAACAAGAAGUUGCAGGAUAGUCUCAUGUCCGAGAUUUUCAUCUUGAAGCGGAUUAAUCAUCCCAACAUCAUCCGCUUGCACGACAUGAUCAAGGCUCCGGGGAAAAUACACCUGGUGUUGGAGUAUUGCAAAGGUGGUGAUCUUUCUGUGUAUAUACAGAGGCAUGGAAAGGUCCCUGAAGCAACAGCAAAGCAUUUCAUGCAACAGUUGGCUGCUGGUUUACAAGUUCUUCGUGACAAUAAUCUUAUUCACCGAGAUUUGAAGCCCCAGAAUCUUCUUCUAUCCACAGAUGACGAUGGCGCUGAUCUGAAGAUUGCUGAUUUUGGGUUUGCCAGAUCAUUGCAACCUAGGGGGUUAGCAGAAACUUUGUGUGGUUCACCGCUUUAUAUGGCCCCGGAAAUUAUGCAACUUCAGAAGUAUGAUGCAAAGGCAGAUCUCUGGAGUGUUGGUGCUAUUUUAUUUCAGCUGGUGACAAGCAGAACCCCCUUCACAGGAAACAGCCAAAUUCAGUUGCUCCAAAACAUUAUAAGAUCAACUGAAUUGCAUUUCCCAGCAGACUGUGGCGAUUUGAGUGCUGACUGUAAAGAUUUAUGUCAGAAAUUGUUGCGUCGCAAUCCGGUGGAACGGUUGACAUUUGAAGAGUUCUUUAAUCACCCUUUUCUUUCAGACGGGCAACCUGAUGAUUUCUUAAGGAGUAGUAGGUUAGGUUCAAGAACAAUGGACGGUUUUCUUUCAUCUGGAAGCAGUCCUUCCAGAAACAUGGAAGAAAGUUCCCAGGAAGAUAGUUUGCCAUUCUUUCUAGAUGACGAUUCUAGUGGACCUGAGGGAAGCCCUUCAUAUUUUAAAAGAACGUCCUCGAUGAAAUCAUCCUACGGAUUUAAUGUUGACACCAAAGGUGAGAGAAGGGAAGCAGCAUCUAGCCCAUUGAAAAAUACAGAUCUUACUUCUAGAUACAGCAGUAGAUCCGCCCAAAGAGCGGAAAACCCUAGAUUUAGGUUUGAAAGUCACAGAUUAUCAGACAGAAACCGGAACGAAUCUUCAAGAUUGACAGACUCUAGAUCAUUGAUUGCUCAAGGACGAGGUGGAGAUUCACCAGACUUAAUGGAUCAAGAUUAUGUUAUGGUAUCGGGACCACCGGUGGAUUUGCCAUCUUCUUCAUCAAGUACCUCAAAGCCAUUCAACUUCCCGUUCAAAUCAGAGUCUCCUCCUGUAGUAGAGUUCAGUAACAAAAAUGUAAGUUCGACGGCUCCAAUGCCAAUACUUGGAGCAACUCGCAAUAGCAACAUUGGUCGGGUCGGAAGCCUUGAGUCUCAUAGUUCUGCACCAGGAACUUCUCAUGGGUCUCUGGAUAUAGGGGAUGCUUUUGAACAGCCAUCAACCCACAGCCUUACAAGAAUCAGGUCUUUGCAGAAAUGUGCAGCCACCAUUGCAGAGUUAGUUCAUGAAAGGAUUGAAUCUGGGAAACAACUAGAGGCUUUCUCAAUCCAACUGGUGAUUCUUGCAAUCUGGAAGCAAGCUCUGCACAUCUGUCAUACUCAGGCGAUCUCGGGUGUGGAAGGAAGUCUGAGCCAUGACACUAACAGACUAAGAAGGAAUACCGGCCUCAAACCCGGUAUCCAGAAUCCAGAAGAAAGCACCCAUAUCAGCAAUGAAGGGCCAGAGGAGCUAUCCUCUCAGAUUCAGAAAGAAUUCAUCCGGGAGGUUGAGCGUGCUGAAGAACUUGCCAAGUUUGUCGAAUCUGGAAACACAAACAUGCCCGAUGCAAUGGAAACGAUAUUUCAAGCAGCCCUCGCUCUUGGCAAGCUUGGGGGAGUGGAUGAGCUGAUGGGAGAGAAGGAGAAUGCACGCAACUUGUACACAAAAGCAGUGCAUUUGCUGGUAUUCCUCUUAGUAGAAGCACCUUCCCUCAUCAUGAAUCCUCCGUUGUCUCUCACAAACUCAGUCAGGUAUCGGCUAAGAACUUAUAUCGAUAUCCUCAGUAGCAGAUUGAAACAUCUAAAUUCCCAAAGAUCGUCCGUAACGAUGAACAAAACCCUAAUCAGCUAAAACCCUUUCUCCCUUAUCUGUUGUUCUUUUUGUGUUCAUUUUCUGGUGUUCUUUUUUUUUUUGUAGAGAGAAUCUUAUUUGUUUUGUACAGCCAAAAAAAAAAAAUAUUCUUUGGGGGUUUUAACCUGUGGAAGAACUGAGGGAUAUGUUUAGCUGGUGAUGGAUGUUGUAACAUUCUCUUUCAUUGUGAUGGUGCUAAUCAAAUUGUUCUGUGUUAUAAUA